AUGAAGUACGAGACCAAGCCCCUGCGGAAAGUGCUAGAUAGUUUGUACUGUGCACAGAUGGACGAGAGACGCAAUCGGGUCAACAGGCCACAUUCUCAAACGUUUCAGUGGAUCUUCUGUCCGAAAGCGGAGGACGACACGUUCCGGGAUGACUUCGUGGACUGGCUUUGCUCGCCCACUACGCGCGCCGUCUAUUGGAUCCGCGGAAAGGCAGGGUGUGGAAGUCUACACUUAUACGUGAACUUGACCAGAAAGUUUCAAAAGAGCAGUACGACCUCCACGACUCGGCCCGGGAACGUGAAACUCUACACGUCUCGUCCUAUCUGUGGGACGCUGGCUUACAAAGGAAGACUUCAAUCCAUACGUCCACGACCAGCUAUUGGACAGCAAUCUGUUCCGGGUGCAACAACGGCGCUACCCGAACCUCCUGACAAAUAUAUCGCACGAAAUCAUUCUCAAAAGGCAGACGGCGUAUUUCUCUGGGUCCGACUGGUGGUUCGAGAGCUCUUGAAAAGAGUCAGGGACGGUGAGUCUGCCUCUGAACUCCUGGAUCAACUUCACGCGAUCCCGCCGGAUCUCGACAACUGUUUCAUGCGCAUGAUGGAAACAAUAGAGCCGAGGUAUCGACAAGCCGCUUCGACCAUGCUCCAGAUUGCUUUUUGCAGGAUGGAUUUUACACUCGACCAACCCAGCCUCAACGUCAGGCCAACAGCGGGCCCCGCUUUGUUGCUCUUGCAUCUCCAGUAUCUCGAUGAGGUAGAUGCCCCCAAUUUUGUCAACUGUCCGGACUUCAGACCUCUCAUGUACGACGAUGAAGACGAAGUCUCGUACUGGGUAGAGACGCUUGACCGAAGACUUACGAGUGGCUGCAUGGGCCUCCUCGAGGCGGGGAAAAUAUUGCCGGGACAAAGCCUGUGGGAAAUCAAAGUCGACUUUCUCGACCAAACUGCGAGAGACUUUAUGUGCACGCGCGAGGCGCAGAGUAUAUUUCACAGGUACACCGAUGGCCCGUGCGAUGCCCAUAUGUACCACUGCAAUUUCCUGGUCGCAGAUAUCAUGAGCCUCCACCAACUCCCUAGCUCAUAG